AUGACCGCUACCAGAGCAAAGAAAACACUACUCGCGCUUCGCGAACCCUCCACGCCUUUUUCGGUAGUGGACCAAGGCAAAGUGGGUUGGGUAGGCAUUUCGGACGUUGUCAUUGACUGCGAAAUGGUGCUCAAAUGGAACGCAGCACUUGAGGUCGUCACUUCCGUACGUACUGUUGCUGUAGUUGGCCCCUUGGAGGAGCUCGUAGUGGGUGCUGCAGUAGAGGUCGUUUCCGAAUCUAUUGUAGUCGACAAUGCGGGUGCCUUGGAAGAGGUGGUGGUGGGAGCUGCAGUAGAGGUCGUUUCCGAAUCUAUUGUAGUCGACAAUGCGGGUGCCUUGGAAGAGGUGGUGGUGGGAGCUGCAGUAGAAGUAGUUCCUGAAUUCGUUGCGGUCGAUACUGAGGGCCCUUUGGAGGAGCUCGUGGUGGGUGCUGCAGUAGAGGUCGUUUCCGAAUCUAUUGUAGUCGACAAUGCGGGUGCCUUGGAAGAGGUGGUGGUGGGAGCUGCAGUAGAAGUAGUUCCUGGAUUUGUUGCGGUCGAUACUGAGGGCCCCUUGGAGGAGCUCGUGGUGGGUGCUGCAGUAGAGGUCGUUUCCGAACUUGUUGUAGUCGACAAUGCGGGUGCCUUGGAAGAGGUGGUGGUGGGAGCUGCAGUAGAAGUAGUUCCUGGAUUUGUUGCGGUCGAUACUGAGGGCCCCUUGGAGGAGCUCGUGGGUGUGAAGCAGAGUGGUCGUUCCGAAUCUAUUGUAGUCGACAAUGCGGGUGCCUUGGAAGAGGUGGUGGUGGGCUGCAGUAGAAGUAGUUCCUGGAUUGUUGCGGUCGAUACUGAGGGCCCCUUGGAGGAGCUCGUGGUGGGUGCUGCAGUAGAGGUCGUUUCCGAAUCUAUUGUAGUCGACAAUGCGGGUGCCUUGGAAGAGGUGGUGGUGGGAGCUGCAGUAGAGGUCGUUUCCGAAUCUAUUGUAGUCGACAAUGCGGGUGCCUUGGAAGAGGUGGUGGUGGGAGCUGCAGUAGAAAGUAGUUCCUGGAUUCGUUGCGGUCGAUACUGA